AUGGUGCUGGGGAAGAACAGCCAGGAAAACAGAAGCGUGGAAAACUUCAUCCUGAGAAGAGACGUGUUUGAUGCUGAAGCUCCUCCUUGUUCACUAGAGCAGCACAGUGAGGGAGCCAGAGAAAAAAUGGAAGAAAGAGACAUCAUACUCAUCAACACAACUUACCUGUUUGAUAGCGGACUCUCUGAAGAGGAGCUGAGUGAGAGAGUGAAACAGUGCAUGCCUCUUUGUGAUCCUGGACCUCACAUUAUAAUGCUGGUCAUACAGCCAGAAGACUUCACUGAGGCAGACAGAAACCAUCUGAAUAACAUCUACAGACAUUUAUCUGAUGAUGCCCUUAAAUACACCAUGGUACUGACAACAAAGUUAGGCAGCAGUGUAGAUCCAGAUGAACAGAGCGUCUCUGAUAAGAUUACAGAAUGUAUUAAGUGGCAUUUUGACUUAAGAAGUGAAAGCAGUCCUUCUGCUCUUGUGGAGAUGAUGGAGAAGAUGAUUGAAGAGAAUGGAGAGAAUCAUGUUAAGUGGGAGGAUUUUGUGAUGGCUCCAAUAGAACAACAGCAGCAGCAACAAACAGCAACGCAGAAAAAACCUGAACAAAUGGUGGGCAAAAAUAUUCUACAAAAAGAGAGCAGACAGAGGGAAACAUUGCCCCAGAGGUUGAACUUGGUGCUGUGUGGCAGUGAUGGAGCACUGAAGGCCUCAGUAUCAGAUCUCAUUCUAGGCACAAAUAAGCGCAGACCAGAGCCCAGCUCAGAGUGCGUGAGGAGAGAUGGAGCGGUGUCUAGACGCUCGAUCACCCUGGUGAAGAUGCCGGCUCUCUACAACACACCUCACUCAGAGGAGGAAGUGAUGCGAGAGGCUCUCCACUGUGUCUCUCUGUGUGAUCCAGGAGUUCAUGCGUUCCUCCUCAUCAUUCCAGUUGGUCCCCUCACUGAUGAAGACAAAGGAGAAAUGGAGAAGAUCCAGAACAUUUUCAGCUCCAAAAUCAACGAUCAUUUAAUAGUUCUCUUUAUAGCGCAGAAAGCAACACGUGCUGUGAUAGAUUUUGUAGAACACAACACCGACAUAAAGAACUUUCUUGCCAUUUGUAAACAUAAACAUAUAUUAGUAGAAACAAAAACAGGAAAAAACAAGCAACAACAAACAAUUGGAAAACUGUUAAAGGAAAUUAAAGAAAAGACAGAAACACAGCCAUAUUGUCUUUACAUGUACGUGAAAGCUCAAGAGGAAAGAGUUAGGUGUGAACUACAGGAACAGUAUAAAGAAGAGCUGAGCAAAAAGGAGAAAGAAAUCCAGGAGUUAGAGAAAGAAAACCAGGAGUUAAAGAGGAAGCUCCAGCCAGAAGAUAAAGAUGAACCACAGGUUUCCAGCUGCUUAAGGGUGGUACUGAUUGGAAAAACAGGAAGUGGUAAGAGUGCAACAGGAAACACCAUCCUUGGAAGAGAUGUAUUUAAAAGUGAAAUGAGUAUGGGUUCUGUGACAAGGGUUUGCCAAAAAGGAGUUGGUGAGAUUGAGGGAAAAUCGGUUGCUGUUGUUGACACUCCAGGCCUCUUUGACACCAAACUAUCAAAUGAAGACGUACAGCAAGAAAUUGUGAAGUGCUUCUCACUGUUAGCACCCGGACCCCACGCUUUCCUCAUUGUGCUGAGUUUGGGAAGAUUCACCAAAGAAGAAUUAGAGACUUUAGAUCUGAUAAAAAUGACAUUUGGUCCAAAGGCUGCAAUGUUCACUAUAGUGCUGUUCACUGGAGGAGAUAACCUGGGAAAUAAGUCAAUAGAACAAUUCAUUGAGGAAAGUAACAUUGAACAAAUCAACAAGCUGCUCAGAGACUGUGGAAACAGAUAUAUAGUAUUUAAUAACAAAGAAAAAGAAGACCGCACCCAAGUUUCUGAACUUUUAGGACAGAUAGAAAUGAUGAUAAACUCAAACACGUCAAGUCAGCACUUCACAAACAGCAUGUUCGAAGAGGCGGAAAUGUCCAUCAAAAAGAGAAUUGAAGAAAUUCUGAAAGAGAAAGAGCGAGAGAUCGAAGCUGAAAAGGAGAAACUGAAAAACAAAUACAGCAAAGAAAUGGAAGAGAUGAAGAAAAGACAAGAGAAAGAAAAACAAAAGGCUGAGGAAGAAAAGCUCCAAAUGGAGAGGAAGUUCAGAGAAAAGAUGGAAACCCUCAAACAAGAGUUUGAAGAAAAAGAUGAACUAGAGAAGAAGAAAUGGGAGAUGGAGGACAAGAUGUUAGAAGAAAAAUUACAAGUGAAGAAAUGGCAAAAAAGAAUUAAUAAGUUGGAAAGAGGCAACAAAAAAAAGAGAACUGAAUUUGAAAAAUGGUUAAGAGACAGAGAGGAGGAGGAUAAAAAGAGAGAAGAGAGAUACAAACAAGUAAAAGAAAUUUUCAUGAAUCAACAGAAGCGUACCAUGGAGGAGCUGAGAAAGAGACAGGAGGAAGAGCGUAAAAGGAAAGAUCUGGAAGAGGACAAAAGAAGACAAGAGGAAGAGAACGAGAGGCACAAUUGGGAGAGGAAAAUAAAAGAGGCUGAACACGAGAAAAAAGAGAUACAAGAGGACCUAAAGCGUAAACAGAGCGAAUGGGAAGAAGAAAAGAAAAGAGAGAUGAAAAGACGGGAGGAAGAGGACCAGCUAAGAAAACAGAGACACGCAGAAGAGCUAAGAGCAAAAGAAGAAGAACAAGACAGAUUGAGAGAGGAAUUUGAAAGGGAGAUGGAAGAAGAAAGACGUCAGAGAGAGGAGGAGAAACGACAAUGGAGGGAAGAGACAGAGAGGAGAGAGAGAGAGAAUGAGGAAAAGAAAUGUGCAAUGGAAGCACAAAUGAAAGAGCAUUAUGAGCAGCUGGAGAAAAUGAGGAGGGAAGAGUGGGAGAGAAGAAGACGUGAGGAUGAUGAAAGAAGAGAAGAGACGCAAAGACUGCAGAAACGAGUCACUAUAGACAACCACAUCAUCAAUGUAAAUAACUACAUUAUUAAGGCCAGCUGGGACUUGAUUCAUUAA